GGAUCAGAACCAGAACCAGAAGAUGGAUCAGAACCAGAACCAGGACCAGGAGUCCAGCAUCAGGACCAGAACCAGAACCAGAACCAAAGCGGGAUCUUCCUCUGGUCUGCAGAAACAUAAAGGCAAAGAGAGAUCCACAAGUUAUCGUUGUGAUCACUGCAAGAAAGUCUUCACCACUUCAUCAGGUCUGAGAAAACAUAAGAUGAUUCACACUGGAGAUAAACCGUUCACUUGUGAUCAGUGUGGAGCAGCUUUUACCAGACAAGAUUGUCUAAAGAUUCACCAACGUGUUCACACUGGAGAAAAACCGUUCACUUGUGAUCAGUGUGGAGCAGCUUUUACCAGACAAGAUGGUCUAAAGAUUCACCAACGUGUUCACACUGGAGAAAAACCGUUCAGAUGUGAUCAGUGUGGAGCAGCUUUUACCACUUCAAGUCACCUGAAGAUUCACCAACGUAUUCACACUGGAGAUAAACCGUUCACUUGUGAUCAGUGUGGAGCAGCUUUUACCACUUCAAGUGAACUAAAGAUUCACCAACGUAUUCACACUGGAGAUAAACCAUUCAGAUGUGAUCAGUGUGGAGCAGCUUUUACCCAACAAAGUCAUCUAAGGUAUCACCAACGUAUUCACACUGGAGAUAAACCGUUCACUUGUAAGCAGUGUGGAGCAGCUUUUACCACAUCAGGUAGUCUAAUGAUUCACCAACGUGUUCACACUGGAGAUAAACCGUUCAGAUGUGAACAGUGUGGAGCAGCUUUUACUGAGUCAGGAAAGCUAAAGAUUCACCAACGUAUUCACACUGGAGAAAAACCGUUUAGGUGUGAUCAGUGUGGAGCAUCUUUUACCCAACAAGGCAAUCUAAGGACUCACCAACGUAUUCACACUGGAGAUAAACCAUUCAGAUGUGAUCAGUGUGGAGCAGCUUUUACGCAACGAGGUGGUCUAAAGAUUCACCAACAUAUUCACACUGGAGAUAAACCGUUCAGAUGUGAACAGUGUGGAGCAGCUUUUAUUGAGUCAGGAAAGCUAAAGAUUCACCAACGUAUUCACACUGGAGAUAAACCAUUCAGAUGUGAUCAGUGUGGAGCAGCUUUUACCCAAAAAAGUCAUCUAAGGACUCACCAACGUAUUCACACUGGAGAUAAACCAUUUAGAUGUGAUCAGUGUGGAGCAGCUUUUACCACAUCAGGUAGUCUAAUUACUCACCAACGUGUUCACACUGGAGAUAAACCGUUUAGGUGUGAUCAGUGUGGAGCAGCUUUUACCAAAUCAAGUAAUCUAAGGACUCACCAACGUAUUCACACUGGAGAUAAACCGUUCAGAUGUGAACAGUGUGAUGCAGCUUUUACCACAUCAAGUCAGCUAAAGAUGCACCAACGUACUCACACGAGUGAUAAACUCUAAAGAUUUGAUCAGUAUGAAGUGUGGAACUGCAAAAAAAACCUCAGCACAGCAAAAAAAAAGCGAAAUAAUCAGACAAUGUCAUACCUAAAACUUGAAAGACUAACAUAUGAUGCCCCCUGGACACCUCCUUGGAAGGUGUUCCUGGCAUGUCCCACCAGGAGAAGAGCCAGGACACACCGGAGGGAAUGUCUUUUGGCUGACCUGGGAACGUCUCUGGAUCCCUCCAGAAGAGCUGGAGGAAAUGUGAGGGAAGUCUGGACAUCUCUGCUCAGACUGCUGCCCCCGCUAACCAGUCCCACAUCAAGUGGAUGAAGA